AUGUUGCGUGUGUUUCUCUCCCUCGUAGGUGUGGUGUCAGCACAGCGGCAGGUCACCGUUCAGGAAGGACCCUUGUACCGCACGGAGGGCUCCCACAUCACUAUCUGGUGCAAUGUGAGUGGCUACCAGGGACCUUCUGAGCAGAAUUUCCAGUGGUCCAUUUACCUGCCUUCGUCGCCAGAGCGAGAGGUGCAGAUCGUCAGCACCAUGGACUCUUCCUUCCCCUAUGCCAUCUACACCCAGCGCAUCCGCGAAGGGAAGAUCUUCAUAGAAAGAGUCCAGGGGAACCCAACCCUAUUGCACAUCACAGAUCUUCAGGCCCGGGAUGCCGGAGAAUAUGAAUGCCACACACCCAGCACCGAUAAGCAAUACUUUGGGAUUUACAGUGCAAAGAUGAACCUAGUGGUGAUCCCAGACUCCCUGCAGACCACUGCCAUGCCCCAGACUCUGCACAGAGUGGAGCAGGACCCACUGGAGCUCACUUGUGAGGUGGCCUCGGAGACCGUUCAGCACAGCCACCUGUCUGUGGCCUGGCUCUGGCAGAAAGUUGGCGAGAAGCCCGUGGAGGUCAUCUCCCUGAGCCGAGAUUUCAUGCUUCACUCCGGCAGCGAAUAUGCCCAGAGGCAGAGCCUGGGGGAGGUGCUGCUGGACAAGCUGGGGAGGACCACCUUCCACCUCACCAUCUUCCACCUGCAGCCUUCUGACCAGGGCGAGUUCUACUGCGAGGCCGCCGAGUGGAUCCAGGAUCCGGAUGGGUCAUGGUAUGCUAUGACCCGAAAGCGUUCCGAGGGAGCCGUGGUCAACGUCCAGCCAACUGAAACAGAGAAGUUUCUCUGGCUGGAAACAGAGAAGCGGCUGCACACGGUGGGCGAGCCGGUGGAGUUCAGAUGCAUCCUGGAGGCUCAGAAUGUUCCCGACCGUUACUUUGCUGUCUCCUGGGCCUUCAACAGCUCGCUCAUCGCCACCAUAGGCCCUAACGCUGUGCCUGUCCUCAACAGCGAAUUUGCUCACCGGGAAGCCAGCGGACAGCUUAACGUGGCCAAGGAGAGCGACAGUGUCUUUGUGCUGAAGAUCUACCACCUCUGCCAGGAAGAUAGAGGGAAAUACAACUGCUGGGUGACUGAGCGAGAGAAAACCGUGACGGGGGAAUUCAUUGAUAAGGAGAGCAAGCGUCCCAAGAACAUCCCCAUCAUAGUCCUCCCCCUCGAGAGCAGCAUCUCCGUGGAGGUGGCCAGAAAUGCCAGCGUCAUCCUUGAGGGCAAGGACCUGCGCUUCUCCUGCAGCGUCCGCAUGGCAGGCAGGCUGCAGGGUCGCUUCUCUGUCAUCUGGCAGCUUGUGGACAGGCAGAACCGCCGCAGCAAUAUCAUGUGGCUAGACCGGGAUGGCACCGUGCAGCCAGGCUCGUCCUACUGGGAGCGCAGCAGCUUUGGGAGCGUCCAGAUGGAGCAGGUGCAGCCCAACUCAUUCAGCCUGGGCAUCUUCAACAGCAGGAAGGAGGACAAGGGCCAGUAUGAAUGCCAUGUGACUGAAUGGGUGCGGGUGGUGGAUGGCGAGUGGCAGAUUGUUGGGGAGCGCCGGGCCAGCACUCCCAUCUCCAUCAUAGCUCUUGAAAUGGGCUUCGCAGUCACAGCCAUCUCCCGGGCACCGGGGGUGACCUACAGCGACUCCUUUGACUUGCAGUGUAUCAUCAAACCCCACUACCCUGCCCAGGUCCCCGUGUCAGUGACAUGGUGGUUCCAGCCGGUGGGCACGGUGGAGUUCCAUGACUUGGUGACCUUCACCCGGGACGGAGGGGUCCAGUGGGGGAACAGGUCCUCCAGCUUCCAAACCCGAACUGCCACCGAGAAGGCUGAGCCCAGCAACAACGUCCGCCUAAGCAUCAGCCGAGCCAGUGACACGGAAGCAGGCAAGUACCAGUGUGUGGCAGAGCUGUGGCGGAAGAACUACAACAACACCUGGACACAACUGGCAGAGAGGACCUCCAGCCUGCUGGUGAUCAGGCUGCUGCAGCCAGUGACAAAGCUGCGGGUGAGCAAAUCGAAGAGGACCCUCACCCUGGUGGAAAACAAGCCCAUUCAGCUGAACUGCUCAGUCAAGUCUCAGACCAGCCAGAACUCCCACUUUGCGGUGCUCUGGUACGUCCACAAGCCCUCAGAUGCCAACGGCAAGCUUAUCCUGAAGACUACCCACAACUCCGCCUUCGAAUACGGUACUUACGCGGAGGAGGAGGGCCUGAGAGCCAGGCUCCAGUUUGAGAGGCAUGUGUCGGGGGGCCUGUUCAGCCUCACCUUCCAGAGAGCCAAGGUCAGCGACAGCGGCAGCUACUACUGCCACUUGGAGGAGUGGCUGCUGAGCCCCAACUACGCCUGGUACAAGCUGGCAGAGGAGGUUUCUGGGCGCACAGAAGUCACUGUGAAACAGCCAGCGGGUGCAGCCCAGAACUGUCUUCUGAGGAAGAGGUGCUCUCCUGGGCCCCCACUGUCCCCAGGCCUCAGCAGCAAGGCAAGUGAGGUGCUGCCGUCAUCCAGGCUGGACAGUUCAGUGAUUUGCCUGAGGCCCCACAGCAGAGUUCAACUGGAGACAGAGAAACCAGCCAGAGGCAGAGGGAGGUAACACGGAGUCCCCCAGAAAGGUCUGGGCUGCGCGUGCUUCAGGUAACCUCCCUUGACCUUCAGGAGAAUGAGAAGGCUGCCUGAUCAGAGAGUCUCUGAAGAAGAUCCUGUGGCUGCAGGCUUCAGCAGAGUGUGAGGGAGACCCCAGUUAUUUCCUCAGGUGUUUCCACCAAAUCCUCCUGUCUUUUGUGGCCAACACCCCAGGCAAGGCUUGGGGUCCCCGUCUGCUGCUGGACGGUAAGUCCUGUCCCCGUGGCAGUGAAUCUGUGGGGUGUUCUGAUUGUGGGCACUAUGGAAGCUAAACCCCAUGCUCCAGGUGGGGUGGAGGGUCUUCAGAGGACUCCUGGACAGUGCCAGGCUCUAAGCUGAGGUGGGGGACACAGGAGAAACCAGGCCAGGCCCAUCCCUACUGGAGCUUCUCCCUAAGCAGUGGAGGCUCAGCCACUGUGAGGAGGUAGGCAAGGCCCUGCAGAAAGAGGGGUGAGGAAAUCUGGGGGCUCCCAGGAAGGGUCGCUGCUGGAGAUGGGGUUCUUACCAGGAUGGGCUCUGAAGAUAAGCAGGGAGGAUUUGGGAGGGCAGAGAUGAGGCCCAGAGCUUCUGGCAGAGAGCAUGGCCUGCGCAAAGGUCUGGGGGCCUGACAGCCUGUACGUAUUCUGGGAAGCAGGAAGGAGAUACAGGCCUUGUGUUUCUGAGCCCCGACUUUAGACUGUGCCCUGUUGGGGAGGGGCCAGGGAAUGUCUGAGGCUGGGCCUGACCCUGCUCCUUACCCCGUGGGAGCAGCAGAGCCAUGAAGAAGAAGUUAGUGGUGCUGGGCCUGCUGGCCGUGGUCCUGGUGCUGUUCAUUGUCGUCCUCUGUCUCUGGCUGCCCUCAGCCUCCAAGGAACCUGACAACCAUGUGUAUACCAGGGCUGCCGUGGCUGCGGAUGCCAAGCAGUGCUCGGAGAUUGGAAGGUGAGUGGGGCAGGGCAUGGGACAUGGGCCCUGAAAACUGGGCAAGUGGACCAGAGCAAUACCUUCACCCCUCUGAGACUCAGUUUCCCCACAUGUAAGCUUUGCUUGGACUCUCUCAGUAGCCUUUGGGAAGGGGAUGGUGACUCCGAGAGCAGGAUGUGGGUCUCCUAGAGCCAAACAGGGCCCCUUUUCUCAGUUCUAAGAGUCUCUGUCUCUUUGGAUAAACUCCACUGUUUUGUUGUUUGGUGGCUAUUUUUACUUAUUUCUUCCUAUCUAUCUAUCUAUCUAUCUAUCUAUCUAUCUAUCUAUCUAUCGAUCGAUCUAUUUAGAGAUGGAGUUUUGCUCUGUUGCCAGGCUGGAGUGCAGUGGUGCAAUCUCAGUUAACUGCAACCUCCGCCUCCCAAGUUCAAGCGAUUCUCAUGCCUAAGCCUCCCAAGUAGCUGGGAUUACAGGCGUGUGCCACCACGCUCAACAGAUUUGUGUGUGUGUGUGUGUGUGUGUGUGUGUGUGUGUUUCCGAGACAGAGUAUCACUCUGUUACCCAGGCUGGAGGGCAGUGGUGCAAUCUUGGCUUACUGCAGCCUCCCCCUCCCAGGUUCAAGUGAUUCUCCUGCCUCAGCCUCCACAUUAGCUGAGACUACAGGCAUGUGCCACCAUGCCCAGCUAAUUUUUGUAUUUUUAGUAGAGACAGGGUUU